AUGGGGCGUUCCGCCGCGGCUGUGGCCCUCGCGGGGGCCCUGGUGGGUUCUGGGGCGCUGGGGCAGCUGUCGCAGGGCCUGAGCGGGGCCCCCCUGGGGGCCCCCGGGGGCCCCCGAAGCAUGGAGUGCUUCGAAUACGGGUACGACUACUUCGGGUGGGACCUGCGGGAGGUGGGGGGCGUGGCCUCGCCCAGCGCAUGCAUGCAGGAGUGCCAGAGUUUGAAGGGUUGCGGGUUUUGGAGCUACAACAGUUUCACCAGGAGUUGCUACUUGAAGUCCGUGGGAGCCCUGGUGGAGCGGCGCGCAGCCCCGGGCGUGGUGUCGGGGCCCCGGCAGUGCAGCUUCCUGAGCAGCAGCAGCAGCAGCAGCAGCAGCAGCUGCUUCGAAGUGGGCGUGGACUACCCCGGCCACGACGUGGAGAAGGUGGAGGGCCGCUUAGUUAUGAACCCCCUCGACUGCCAGAGGCUCUGCGCAGGCCGCCCCGACUGCGCCUUCUUUAGCUGGAAGUUCUCAACUCGAGCUUGUUAUUUGAAGGCCUCCGCAGCUCCUCUGGCUCGUCGUGAAGACCCCGACGUGACUUCGGGGCCCCGCGCAUGCAGGGGCCCCUCGGGGGGCCCCCCCAGCGCUGCGGACUACCCCGCGGCCUUCGACCCCCGGGGGGCCCCCCCCCCCUGCGUCCAGCCCGCCACCGACUACAGGGGGGCCCCCCUCAAGACCCUCAGGGCCCGCUCUGCUGCUGCAUGCUUCAUGCACUGCAGGGGCCUCCAGCAGUGCGGGCUGUGGACUUGGAGUUCUUCUUCGCACCUCUGCAGUCUCAGGGCCUUCCCUGACCCCGCCCUCAAAGUCCAGGGCCAACACACUCUCGACAAGGUCUCCGCCACCCGCGACUGCGUCCCCGUGCUCCCAG